AUGGUUGGACCAUUCGGUAUCGAAUUGGCAGAUCCGGCAUUUUUUGAGUCGAAGGGAGUGGACAUCGUACUCGGCAUCGAGUCGUUCUUCGACUUUUUCGAAACAGGCAGGCGAAUCUCAUUAGGCGAAGGGUUACCAACCCUAAAUGACUCGGUAUUCGGAUGGGUCGUUUGUGGAGGCGCAUCGACUUCCAUCAACUCUCUGCAAAUCAGUUGCAACACUUCAACUUCCGGAAGGCUGGACCUACUAUUGGAGCGGUUUUGGGAGUGUGAAGAACUAGAAUCGGAAAGAGCAUUUUCUCCAGAGGAGCGACGCUGUGAAGAGCUCUACCAGCAAACAGUUCGUCGAGAGCAGGAUGGUCGGUACACCGUCGCUCUCCCGAAACACAACGAAACACCUCUACACUUGGGCGAGUCCCGAGAGAUUGCAUUUCGUCGGCUUCAAGGAACGGAACGUAGGCUGGCGAGGGAUGCCAGUUUGCGAGAGCAAUAUGUCGCGUUCAUGGACGAGUAUCUAGCAAUGGGACACAUGCGGAAGGUCGACCAAACUACUCAGGAGACGGUCCAACGAUGCUAUUUGCCGGAUCAUCCGGUGGUCAAGGAGGCAAGCACCACCACCACGGUACGAGUAGUGUUCGAUGCUUCCUGUAAAACGGCAUCAGGAGUGUCGUUGAACGAGGUUUUACUGGUGGGGCCAGUGAUUCAGGAGGAUCUAAGGUCGAUUGUUCUACGGUGUCGCACACGCCAAAUCAUGCUGGUAUCAGACGUGGAAAAAAUGUUCCGCCAGAUCAACAUCUGCGAAGAGGAUCGACCGCUCCAAUGUAUCCUGUGGAGAUCUACGCCGAUAGAAGAGGUUGGCGUGACAGUAAAGCAACUGGUGGAAGAUGAAGCUACACAGUAUCCCAUGGCAGCACAAGCAGCUAGCGAGGACGUCUACAUGGACGACGUCAUCACAGGAGCGGACGACGUCGAAACGGCACUGAUUCUCUGA